GGAGACCUAAGUUCAGUUGCUAACGCUGCUUAGGGUUCGGCUUUGCUCUCAUAAUGGCAGAUUGCACAUUUAUGCUGACUCAAAUUCUGUUCAUCUCCUGGUUUUUGAUGGCGCAUUGCUCACAACCCAACUGUGCAUCUGUGGAAGACUUUAAAGAGUGCCUAGGAAACACAACAGGUUUCUGCCCAAAGUCUAUUGCUUGUGCAUGCAAGGAUGGCAAGCCUUUCUGCAAAUGUCCAAAUUACAGAGGCCAGUGGGGAGACUACUGGUACAUGGGAGAGAAAUGUGAACAACUCUGGAACACUCUGGACCUGAUUUUAGUAGCAACAUUGCCUGGAAUAGCACUGGCUAUAAUCGUUGGUGUGGCAAUCCAGGUUAUCCAUUACUGUAAAGGGAAGUCAAAGAAGCAUGGAGAUCAGAACAGAGUGGAGAGGAGUAUGUCAGAACUUCGACCUCAGCAUAAUUCUGCAUAUGGUUUUGGUACUGAUAGAAAUCUUCCUCAACCUAAUCAAGGAGAGGUAAACACUGAAACUUACUUGUUAAAUAAACAUCGUUUACAGAAGAUAUCAAAAAGAGAAAUGCCACAGAGAGUGAAAGCGGAGUUUUCCAAUGUUAAAACACAUAAUUUUACUCGUUCCAUGAAGUUGAUUCUUCAGUACUUUAAAAAAAAUCGUGAUGGGACCUUCCUUCUGGCUUACUUCCCCUCCCAUGCCAGAUCAACAGCCUGGCCAACACCUCCCCAAACCCUGCAGCUGUGUACUUUCCACGAGGUCCUCAGUGACCAAGGACACAGUGUGCGGAGGCUGGAGACACUGGGCCGCCGCGGGGUUGGGAUGUGUUUCCGCAGAGAUAUCUGGCAGAUAUCUUGGGACACUGUGAUGCGGACCCAGCAAGGGUCAUUUAGAACUAACUUUAAUUUAUCUCCGCAGCGGCUGGCUUCAGUGUGGCACCAAACCACUUUAGGCGAGCUGUCUUCUAGCCUCAACAGUCUCUGUGCUCUCACUGCUAGUCACCCUGGCCAGCCUGGCCAGCCGGGAGCUCUACGGUUUCAGCCACCAGCCUGGUAA